UACUUGAGUUUUGGAAUCUGAUUACGUGAUCCAGAUUACAUGUAAUCCGUUACUACCCAGCUCUGUCAGUAAAUAGCAGCUUUAGCAUGAUUUAAACAGAUCAGAGGAAGUGAACAAACACAGGAGGAGCUGAGAGUAUUUAAAGAAAGAGUUGAGAGCGUAUAAUGAAGAGGAAGACUGACAGAAAGAGAAGAUGACUGAUCAUUGUCACUUGUGUCUGCUGGGACUGAUCUUUCUCUCUUCACUUCUCACAGGUCUCAGUGGAGUGGAUGAUGCUCAUGUGUUCAUCAGUUCUGGUGAAAAUGUCCGUCUGCCCUGUAAUAAUGCUCUUCAUGACUGUACAUCAACUACAUGGAACUAUAACAGAUUCAGUCAUUUAUCAGCAGUUGAACUGAUUGCUGGAGGGAUAAAGAAAAAUAACACAGAGAGUUAUGAGAGACUGAGUCUGGGGCCUGACUGCUCUCUGAACAUCAAAAACAUCAUAAAAGAAGAUUAUGGAUCUUACAUCUGCAGACAAUAUGUGAAUGAUCAACUCUGCCAACAAUGGUCUGGUGGAAACCAAAAUGUUCUUCAUGUGUUAUUUUGUGUUUCAGUCUCUUCAUCAUCUUCAUCAUCCUCACAGACUGAGAUCAGUGCAGGUCUCUCUGUGACUCUCUUCUGUCAGUUGUAUUCAUAUGCUGGAGUCUCUUGUGAUGAUUGGAUCCGUUCUAAGGGAAUUAAUCUGUUCUGGGUGAAUCAGGCUGGUGUUAAACUGACGAGAUCAGACUCCAGAUAUCAGAUAUCAGCUCCAGAUCACUGUAUCAGCUCUCUGACUACAACACUCCUGAAUGAAGAUCAUAACAGAGAGUGGAGAUGUGAAGUUACUCGCAGAGAUCAAGUCAAGACCUCAGCCACAUACACUGACAAGAGUUCAGCUCGAGCUGAUUCAACAACAGCAGAGACUCCAGUCCACAGCACAAACUCAACUACAACAACACCAGCAACUUCUACACCAGACAAUCAGAAUUCAUUAACCACCCCAAACUCUGAGACGACUGCAGCUGCACACACAUCUGUAUUUACUCAUCAAGAGGCUACAACAACACUGAAUCCAGGCACCGCAUCAAUCUCUCUGAAUCAAGUUGUAGAGUCAACUAUAUCAACACUGAAUCCAGGCACCUCAUCAAACUCUCUGAAUCAAGUGAUUGUGAUUGUGAUUGUUGUCGGCGCUUCGUUCGUUCUUCUUCUUCCUGCUCUGAUUCUUUGGCUGAUUCGUAAAAAAAGAGCCGAUGUCAGAAGAGAGACUGAGGACUCUGUGGAGCAGGCUGAUGAUGUGACUUAUACUGAAGUUACUGCGUACAGUAAAAACAGAGCCAAAAAGAACAAGGUUCGCUGUGAUGAUAAAGUGACUUACGCUUCUAUCAGAGGAACAAAAGCUGGAGCUCAGGAAAACUGCAGUCAACUUUAAUCCUCUGUGAACAAGAACCAUCACAAAUCACACAAAUAAUUAUACAGAAACCACAUCAGCAGAGGAAUACAAACCUUGACUCCUGAUGGUUUGAUUCAGUGCCAUUAUAAUAAUAGCAGUGUCUUUCACAUGUUAAGAAACAAGCUCUGAUUUAUUUGUAGUUAUUGGUGAUUCUGGUCAGUUUGUCAUGUGUUUUGUACAGUAGCUGUCUGCGUGUGUUUAUUAUUAAUUCAGGAUCUGCAGAGUAAAGUUAAAAAUGGAGGAGAGUUUUACUCUGUUAGAUCAUUCUCAUUAAAUCAUCUAGAGCCGGAUGUUCAAAAGUGAUCUGGUCAGAUUUCAGCUGUCGGAUCGGAUCAAAUCUUGAAAAUGUGUCAUUAGGUCACAAAAUCCAGUCUGGUUUUGAUCAGGAUCAAAUCAUCAGUUUGUGUUGUUCAGAACUUUUUAGAAAGAUUGGGAUACAUUUGAUACAAAAAAAAUCAGGAUUAUACUGAUCCCAGCAAAGGGUGGAUUUCACGAAUAAAAUUUAAGUAAAACUUUAAAACUCGUACAAAAAUAUGACAAUUACACACACACACACACACACACACACACACACACACAC